AUGAAUUGUGAGCUUCUGAAAUACCUUAUUGAAAACCAUAGUGGUUUGUUGGCACCGCCCAUUUCAGGCCGUGUAGCAGAUAUCACCACCGUGUUUGCAAUGGAAGAGCCCAAGGACAGCAGAGCAACACCUGACACAAAGGUUUGGGACGAUUUGGUGGUCAUCGAAAGUAUCAGUCCCGGUUGCUUAAGCUUUGGGAAUCUGGAAACCCAUCAAAAUACUGACGCGACCAUCGAAUAUAUCGACGUUGAAACAUUGCGCAUAAUGAUGAAUGUGGUGGAACCCGGCACGUACGAGGUUGAAGACCAGGAGUCUGGCAAAACGGUUGCCAAGGCCAGAAAACCCGACGCGAAUUUGUCGUUGGCCGAUCGUCUUGAUACCGUUUUGGAGUCGCAUGCAGCAGAUACGCCAAAUCAGCAGAAACUGGACAGAUUGCAACAAGCGCUUGAUGUAAAGCCUGCUUCCCACGUUUUGGGCCGCGAAAGAGCCUCCAAGUUCACCCCUCAUGCCGGUUUCAUUCCUGUCUGUGCCAACAAAAACCAUUGCAGUAUCCUUUCCAACAUUGCAACCAUCUCUAACAACAAAGUGGUGGCCAUGGACGCGAACAAAGUUCAAAAUGCAGAUCAGGACUGUCCGGGCUUGUUCAAAUGUGCACUCUCGAAAAUACACUAUAUUCCGAACUUGAAACCACAAACUGACCCAUCGUUGGGUGACUGCUCUUAUCUCGACACCUGCCACAAGCUCAACUCAUGCCGCUACGUCCACUAUCUGCAAUACAUGCCUGAGUCCCUGGCAAACACCACAGCAGCCAGUGUCACUCAUAUAAACGAGGCCUCUACGCGUAACAAACACAUAUGCCUCUAUACACAGGGUCUCAACUGCUCCGUCGCGUCACAGUCCAUACUUCCAGCGCAAUGGAUCCAGUGUGAUGUCCGCAAGUUCGAUUUCAACAUUUUGGGCAAGUUUUCUGUCAUUGUUGCAGAUCCAGCUUGGAAUAUUCGCAUGAAUCUUCCAUAUGGCACCUGUAACGAUUCCGAAUUGGCAGAUUUACCCUUGGAUUUGCUCCAACACGAGGGCAUUAUCUUUCUGUGGGUUACCGGUCGAGCCAUCGAAGUGGGUAAAACAUCUUUGCAGAAAUGGGGAUACCAAGUGUGCAACGAAAUUUCUUGGAUUAAAACCAACCAACUGGGCCGUACUAUUGUGACCGGACGUACUGGUCAUUGGCUCAACCAUUCAAAGGAGCACCUUUUGGUUGGAGUGAAGGGAUCGGCAAAUUGGCUCACCAGACAAAGUGAUAUCGAUCUCAUCGUUUCUGCCAGUAGAGAAACCAGUCGUAAGCCAGACGAGCUAUAUGGCAUGAUUGAACGACUAGUGGGCCCACAUGCACGCAAGCUCGAGAUUUUUGGUCGCGAUCACAAUACUCGACCAGGCUGGUUUACCAUUGGGAAUCAGUUAAAUGGAGACAAGGUGUGCGAGCUUGACGUCAAAAUGAAAUACAACCGUUAUCUUCACAAACAGGGACGCUCAACAAGUCCACGUUUUUCGGCUGUUACCUAA